GCACUCUUUAGCCAGCAGCCAGACAGCUGUGUUCUAUCAGAACCCACUUACAACUCCAGGCUGAUUAGCGGGGAAACUUUAGGGUGAAGUGCGGAGUCGGUCUCUCGUGCGUUUUCUUUCUUUCUUUCUCCAGAAGCGAAGUGACCUGUGGGUCUUCUCUGGCUAAAGUGGUGUUUUGGUUUUUUUUCCCGAAAGGCACCAAAUUUGUCUAAGGAGGUAGAACUCUUUAGGGAGAUGCCCUCAAACCUAGUUAGGGGAAAAGCUCUGUAAAGCGAGCGGAGUCUAAGGUGAAGCCGAUGUUUCACAUGCACUAGAGCAGUUUGACUCGCAAGGAGAUUGCAACCGUCUGUCUGCCGUUACUGCAGCUGGGGUUUUGUAAAUCUGAUGAGUCUUUAAGCAGCGAUGGAUUGUUUGUGAAGCGAAAACCAGUUUGGAGGUUUUAGGAGACUUUCGCAUCAUUAAUUGAGAGUCCACAAACGGCAUGAGUGAAAAUGGCUGUCUAGAGGAAAAUGUGCAAGAAAGGAAGAGCAAGGAAAAGCACUGAGUGUUGAAUCUGGUGAGCCCAACUCUGAAGCAUUGCAACCCGGAGGAACAGGCGAGUCCCUAAGAAGCGAAAUCAUGAAUUCGGGAGUUGCAGUGAAAUAUGGAAACGACUCCUCGGCGGAGCUGAGCGAGCUCCAUUUAGCAGCCCUGGCAUCGUUGAAGGGAGACAUAGUGGAGCUGACGAAGCGGCUGCAGCAGACAGAGCGGGAACGAGACCUGCUGGAAAAAAAACUGGCCAAAGCCCAGUGUGAGCAAUCCCACCUCAUGAGAGAGCACGAGGACAUCCAGGAGCGGACAACCCUGCGCUACGAGGAGCGGAUCACCGAGCUCCACAGCAUCAUCGCUGAACUCAACAAGAAGAUUGAUCGGCUGCAAGGGACCACGAUCAGAGAGGAAGAUGAGUACUCAGAGCUGCGGUCAGAGCUCAGCCAGAGUCAGCAUGAGGUCAACGAAGACUCGCGCAGCCUGGACCAGGACCAGACUUCGGUGUCGGUCCCCGAGAACCAGUCCACCAUGGUCACUGCUGACAUGGAUAACUGUAGUGACCUGAACUCAGAGCUACAGAGGGUCCUGACAGGACUAGAGAAUGUCGUCUGCGGGAGGAAGAAGAGCAGCUGCAGCCUCUCAGUGGCGGAAGUGGAUAGACAUAUCGAACAGCUCACCACAGCUAGCGAACACUGUGACUUGGCCAUUAAGACCGUUGAAGAGAUCGAAGGGGUGCUGGGACGGGACCUGUAUCCCAACUUGGCUGAAGAAAGAUCUCGCUGGGAAAAGGAGCUUUCUGGCCUGAGGGAAGAAAACGAAAGUUUGACCGCCAUGCUGUGCAGUAAAGAAGAAGAACUGAACAGGACCAAGGCCACCAUGAAUGCCAUCCGGGAAGAGAGGGACAGACUGCGCAGAAGGGUCCGAGAACUCCAGACCCGCUUACAGAGCGUCCAGGCUGCCGGGCCAUCGAGCCCGGGACGGCUCACUUCAGCCAACCGACCGGUUAACCCCAGCACUGGAGAACUGAGCACCAGCAGUAGCAGCAAUGACAUUCCCAUUGCCAAGAUUGCUGAGCGGGUGAAGCUGUCGAAGACGAGGUCGGAGUCCUCCUCCUCCGACCGGCCUGUCCUGGGAUCAGAGAUCAGUAGUAUCGGGGUGUCCAGCAGUGUGGCAGAACACCUGGCCCACUCUCUCCAGGACUGCUCCAACAUCCAGGAAAUCUUCCAGACACUAUACUCUCAUGGCUCUGCCAUCUCUGAAAGCAAAAUCCGAGAAUUUGAAGUAGAAACUGAAAGACUGAAUAGCCGAAUUGAGCACCUGAAGUCCCAGAAUGAUCUGCUGACCAUAACCCUGGAGGAAUGCAAAAGUAACGCUGAGAGGAUGAGUAUGCUGGUUGGGAAAUACGAGUCCAAUGCCACCGCACUGAGACUUGCAUUACAAUACAGCGAGCAAUGUAUCGAAGCCUAUGAGCUCCUGUUGGCCCUGGCUGAAAGUGAGCAGAGCCUCAUUCUUGGACAGUUCCGCGCAGCAGGCGUAGGAUCCAUUGGGGACCAGCCUGGGGAUGAGAAUGUUACCCAGAUGCUCAAGCAUGCUCAUGAUUGUCGGAAAACAGCUGAGAAUGCAGCCAAAGCCCUGCUGAUGAAACUGGAUGGCAGCUGUGGGGCUGCCUUUGCUGUCACGGGCUGUAGUGUCCAGCCCUGGGAGAGCCUGUCUUCUAACAGCCACACCAGCACAACCAGUUCAACCACCAGUAGCUGUGAUACAGAAUUCACCAAGGAAGACGAGCAACGACUGAAGGAUUAUAUUCAGCAGCUAAAGAACGACCGGGCAGCUGUCAAGCUGACCAUGUUGGAGCUAGAGAGCAUUCAUAUUGACCCUCUUAGUUACGAUGUCAAACCACGUGGAGACAGCCAACGAUUAGAUCUGGAAAAUGCGGUCCUGAUGCAGGAGCUCAUGGCGAUGAAGGAGGAAAUGGCAGAACUGAAGGCCCAGCUGUACCUGCUGGAGAAGGAGAAGAAAGCUCUGGAACUCAAGCUGAGCACUCGGGAAGCCCAGGAGCAGGCCUACUUGGUACACAUUGAGCAUCUGAAGUCAGAGGUGGAAGAGCAGAAGGAACAGAGGGUGAGAUCCCUCAGCUCUGCUAGCAGUGGGAGCAAAGACAAAUCGGGCAAGGAGUGUGCUGAGGGAUCCUCCCCUGCCUUGUCACUAACUGAACUGAGGACGCACAACGAGAGUGAACUGGCAGCUGAGCUGGCAAGUGCACUGCGACGAGAGAAGAAAUUGAAGGCCAGGGUGCAGGAGCUGGUGAGUGCCUUGGAGAGGCUGACCAAGAGCAGCGAGAUACGGCACCAGCAAUCUGCAGAGUUCGUUAAUGACCUGAAAAGAGCGAACAGUAACCUCGUGGCAGCUUAUGAAAAAGCCAAGAAGAAGCAUCAAAACAAGCUGAAGAAACUGGAAUCGCAGAUGAUGGCCAUGGUGGAGAGACACGAGACCCAAGUGCGGAUGCUCAAGCAGAGAAUCGCUCUGCUGGAAGAGGAAAACUCGAGGCCACACGCCAACGAGACUUCCCUGUAAAAGGCUUGCAGACUCAGAGAGAUGAUGGUGCCAUUGGAAGCCUGACGGAGAAGAACAUGGUGGGAACGAAAGGAAGGAGGGAAACUAGGAAAGAUAGAGCCUUCACAGUGGCAGGUAGAUCCGCAGCCAGAGCUCUGUGCUGCGGCCCCCCUCAGGUGACUUCCUCCUGGGGCUUGGCUUUGUUGGGUCCCGAGCGGCGGGUGCUGGCGGCUGGCCACUGGUGAUGCACUAUUUGUGGACUACACAGAAAGGAUGGCACCUUCUCAUUCCAGCGUUCAGUGUACAGUCUGUGUAAAUAAGGUUCUCCCUCUCUCUCCUUUCCCCAGAUCUCCACGGGUGAUCGGCCCCUUGUUGCCUUCAACAUUCUCCCUUUCUUUACAUCCUUGGGCCACACAUCAGUCUGCACAUCAUGCUUUCUUCCUUCCCCUAACAGCAACCAGAAUCAAUUUUUCUGCUCUCCCAGCUUCCUUCCCCUGCUUGCACCUUCCUCAGGGGUAAGCCCUGACAAGAGAUAGCUGGGUUGCGGGGGGAGGAUGUAUGCACGUGUGUGUGCGUGCCUGUUUGUGUGUGUGCGUGGAGUGCAUAGAAAUUUUGGGUGUGAUGUGUUUUAUGUGGAAGGAACCGAAGAGGUUCUGCUUAUUUGUUCAUUGAGAUGACUGUGGUUCUCCAGAUGUGGAGAGGAUAUAGUGCAUCCUGGCAGUGGGUCACUUGUCCCAGAUUCACUCUGAGUCCACUGAGGUCACAAGAAACACAAGCUCAGGAGGCUUUUUCCCCAGCAGGGUGGUCUGGGCCAAGUCUGGGAAGAAAGCAAACACCUUCCAGGGGGCCCAGGCAUCACAAGGGAGCCCUCCCUCGAGGCUGGGGCUAACUCCGAAGGACGAUUACCCGAGAAGAAGGUUGGGCCCCGUGGAGGCCGUGCCUGAAGGCACACCUGGCCAGACCAGUACUGCGGACUGCUGGUUUCCUCAGUGAGAGCUGUGUCUCUGCACCUUUAUUGCUUCUAGCCCAUAGGGUAUUACUGCUUUGGUUGUGUCGGGGUUCAACCCAAGUAUCCGUGGGUACGUAUAGAUUCGGGCAUGAAUCUCCAGAGGGAUCUUCCUCUUUGAACAACAGGGACCAUGGCCUAGUCCCCCGGAGCUGAUCUUUGACAGCCAGUUUCAGGUUGUCCUAUGAGGAGUGCCCGUUAUGUGCGUCACUGUGUUCUUUGGGACUCCUCACAUCUGAGGAACUUUUCCCAGUUGCUCCCCCAAAGGAUGCUGGGAGCAGUGAAUGAACUGGCUCCCUGCUGUAGCUUCCCAUGGUGGUGCUGCUGCUGCUUUGACUAAAAGGUUCAGCAUGUUUCACCAUAUUCUGUGUCCCCACCAUCCUUCCCUCGGUCCCUCUGGUAGACACCGGGCUACUGAGCACCACCGGCGUUUUACUGUGCCUCUGGGAGGUGGCGAUUUAUCCAGACCCAGUUGAACCAGCAGCUCUUCCAGGAAGAGCCUCUGCGGGUGGCCUGGGCUACCAGUUGGGUGAAAAGGCUCUCUGAGGGCCAUCGGCUCUGGCGUGACAGAGGAGAUGGUUGUUCUACCGCAGUGGGAUUUUCUCCCUCCCCUCUUCUCAACCCUUCCCCACCCCCACCUACCCUGGCAUCUGAGGUCCAAUCUGUUUCAGCAGGAAGAAAAACAGCUUUUUGAAGGCUUUGAUCACCAUGAAAAUGCCCAACGGAUUUGGACUAAAUCCAUCACUCAGAUGCCAGUGGCAUACAACAGUGGACUUCAUCUAUUUUUGCUUUGGAAAAGAUUCGCUAAGUUGAAAUGGCCUUUUGCCACAGGAAGGAAGGGGGUUGCCUCUUGGCUUAAAUGGAUUUGGCACAUCAAAGACCGGUAUGUGGUUUUUAUUUUUGUUCCCCCCCCACCCAACGCUUUCUGUCCCCAGCUUUCUUGGGGGCAGUGGUUGGAGAGCAGAAAUGUCGGGGAGGAGAUAAUUUUGUUCCCCUCCCCCCAGGGAGAGCGGAUGUGCAUAUUAGUGCUUCGAUGUCCCCUCUGGAGGAUAAGUAUUGAGGGCCAGUGUGCCUCAGCUUCUCCCUCUCGAAUGAUGGGAGUGAAUGCUUGCAAUUAAUGGUGAUUUGAAGGACUCCAGGUCACUUUUCCAAAGUCAUUGAGUGGGCCUGGUCUGUGGCAUCCAAUCUGCUGCACUGACUCUGUACAGUAAAUGGACAGUCACACAAUCUCAGGCAAGGAAGGGGCCCUAAAAGGUCAUCUAGCUCACCUCUCUGCCUUAACACCAGAGUGCACCUAAACAAGCCCAGAUAGUUGAGGCUCUGGCCUGUAUUAAAAGCCUUCUGGAGAAAAAGGACACAUUCUUGUCAGCCCAUUUAUGUGGGUAUACUUUGUGUUGAGACACAUAUACUGGAUUGGGUGACAAUUAUACUUGAGAGAAAAGUGAAAUAAAGGGCCUUGAGUUCACCGAAGUGAAAAAUGACAGUGAAGUGGUUAGGAAGGAAUGGUUUUUCUCUUUCUGUUUCCCACUUACUUCACAGGUUAAGAAAAAGGCACCUUUAAAUCAAAGCUGGAGAGAUAAUAUGCUCUUUUUCAUGCUGAUGGUUUGGGGUCCGGGGGAAAUUGGUUCACAAACUACAAACUGGUGGCAGAAUUACAUUCAAGGUGGCAGAGAUGUUGUGGUUUCCAUUGGUGCAUGCACUGGUUCUAUUUCUGAUCAACAUGGUGCAUUUUUCCGUCAACAUCACCAGCAUUUAAGCCUCUGGGUACUCUCACAUGUGCCCUUUUCCCUUCCUCCCUCCCUUCAACCCAUCCUGGCCUGGUUCACGACCCACACUUCUGUGGAGGAUCAUUUAUGAGCACUUUUGCCUAAGUCAGAAGGGUGCCUAAGGUGAGUUCCAGGCAGCAGAUUUUUUUUUUUAAUCAUUCCUCAACCUUUCAGUUCCCAGGGCUCUACUCCUCCACGCUGACCCCUCUCCCAUUCUGGAGGAUUUGUUCAAGAGUCCGUGGGAGUAGAUUUCCAGGAGCUGACGUUCUCUGGUUUGGAUUUCCUCUGGGGCAGAAAAAAGAAAAAAAUUUCUUCCUUUCAUUAGUUCCUUUAAAAAGAAAACAAACCCUGUGAAACUGAGGUCCAGAAGGGUGACCCCUCACCAAAGGUGUUCAGAUGUUUUAACUCCAACAAGGAGGGUGGGGCAUGACUAAAUUUCUCCAUUAUUCAGUUCACUUUUUUGUCUUCUCUGAGGAAUGAUGUGGAUGCUGAUUGUCAACUUUGGUCAUAGCAUAUUUCAGGCAGCAGCUGUGGAUGCCAUUUGUGAGGGCAGCACUUGAUAUAGCCUGCAGAGCAAGGUGGGUUUUGAUGCUCCGAGGUUAGGGGUGGAGGAGAUGGGGGGAGUGGCCUCUUGGGUCCUCUGGGGGCAUGGGCAGGAUAGGAAUUGGUUCACUUUGGAAAAUUUUCAUCAAAUAUCUUGUCAGAGGUAGGGCAAGGUCUGUCUUCUAAUAUAGGCAAAGGUAUCCCAAACUUGUUGGUUUGGGAUACAUUGAAUUGACCCUUUGUUGAUUAAGGAAAAGGGCUGGAUUCAAUUCCAGAUGUGCUGCUCUAAGCCCCAGAAUACGCCUCCUGCUCAUUGCAGAGCUGGGGCCCAAACAACAGUCCAAUAGCCGUGUCUAAGAUGCCGCUAAGAUGUCUCCUACCUCUCCCAAGUGCUUGCCUGUAAGUGAUUUAGCAGACACUGGAAAUCCAAUUGCAGGUCAUGUGGCUCUUCCAUCAAGGCCCAGGUCUGCCUUCUUCAGUCAGUGGUAUUUGAGUGCCUACUGUGUGCAGAGCACUGUACUAAGCACCAGGGAGAGUACAAUAAAGUAGACCAGAUUCCUACCCUCAAGGAGUUUACAUUCUAAAAGGGUUGGGUUUUGGGCAGAAAUGCUUUUCCCCAGGGAAGUGAUCAAACUGUCCCUCGCAAGAACAUGGGAUCAGUGCCUGGCCUUAGGGCCUGUCAUAAUGUCUCUUAAAAAUCACCCUCCACCCCCUCCCUCAUUCCCACUGCUCCUUUAACCAGGCUAGAGAGUUGUCCUUAAGCAGUGAAACCUGUGGCAGAAAGGCCUUUGGGAACUGUGUCUUUGCCCAGGUAAAUGGUUUUUGACUGUCCUGUCUGCUCGCAUCAACUUGAAGCAUUAGCAUUAGACCUUUUGGUCUCAGGAUUGGAAUCUUGACCCUAGCUUUCAGUUGACACAGCAGUGUGGGAGGAUGGAAGAAGGUGGGGGGGGUUUGCUAUCAGGCACUCAUCGAGUCUGAUCAAGAGAAAAACCUAGACAAGACACCAGUUUGUACAUUAUGGACUCUGGGUAAACAUAAUUCCUGUUUUUAACCAAUUCAGGCACUAAGGAACUGAUGUUGCAGCCUACUGUAGUGCCAAGAAGUUUUUUGUUUGUUGUUUUAAGACCAUGACCAGCAUUUUCUGGCUUUCUGUGGCAGCUGCUCCCUCUGCCCAGAGCAGUGCUGGAUAAAAAUUCUGUUUCUAGUGCAUAUUUCUCCCCCACCCCCCCAAAUUUGGCCAGGCUUGGGGCCAGGGGACCAAACAAAAUCAAGAUUUAUCUGUUUCAUGACCAUGUUAACCAGUGAGGUCUGCAGACCAACCGAUAACUGGACGUUGCACUGUCGGUAACAAGCAAUUGCUCUACAGCCCCAAUGUCAAAAUUACCGGGACCACGCAGUCUCUCUGGAGACGGUGACCUAGGUCCCGUCCAAGCUGCAAGCCGGGCCGCCUUAGGCCACAGCAGUAGGCAGACCGUUGCAUGGCCCCGCCAGGGGAAAUGACCAUGUUUAGAUAUGAUGUAUUAUAUUCUCCUAGUGGCUUUUAAAUGGGUUGAAAUGCUUUGAAGUAGUGUCCCAGGGCUAGCUCCGCUUUCAAGUGCAGUACAACUUUUUCCCCAGCUCUCUGGUUCAGUGGAUGGUAUGUAGUAGUGUUUCCAGUUGUUCUAGGUGUGCGUGGGGCUGGGACUUCGAGCUUACUGGCAAUGCUGUCGCAAGUACCAUGUUGCUAGGCUCUCUUGCAUUUUAUGCUGACCCUGCAGUAGGGCCCAUUUAAAUGUGUAUAAAAAUAUGGAUCGUGCCUUGUCCUGUUUGAUCUAAAUAAAUGAGAUUAUACUGUA